AUGGCACUUGCAUUUGUCUGGAACCUUCAAAAUCUCUGGCCCUUUUCGAUACUCAAAUCCGAUGACCUGAAAGUAUCUAAUGAAUUAGUACGCAAACUACCAAUACCUGAACACACGAAACAGUUUGUUUACGCCGUUCGGGAGCCUGAAACUCAGUCUGUAAUUUACAUACUUUCUGCUCAAAGUUUAUCAGAGGGGUCAGCAUUGGAUGCUGAUUGUCUUAUUAGGGAGGUUAGACCUGAUGCUGUUAUUUCCCAGGUGGGUCUUUCAACUGUGACUGAAAUUCAAUCUGAAGAGACUGUAUUAAGAGAUGGUUUUGACAACUCAGUUCCCACUUCGUCAUUUAAAGUUCUCAAAAGAUGUUUUCUGGAGAAGGUUAAUAAGGAGAAGUAUGAGGAUAUUGCAGGAAACUUGGUUUUACAAGAGAUCUUUGGGGUUGGUUUUCAUGGACACUUUUUGGUAGCCAAAAAGGUGGCUCAGGAGGUUGGGUCUUCAUUCUUGGUGCUUGAAUUGCCAUUUGUAAAAUGUUCUGGUGGGGAGAAUGCCUCAGGUGAACAUGAAGCAGUGAGCAAGUUCCAAGGUUUAGCUAGUAGUUUGGUUCCACAGAAAGUUGGUUCAGUUGCUUCGGCUCUAGCUUGUGCACAAAGGAUGUUUUAUGAUGUGAAAAGAGGUGAAGCUGUAGAUACCAAAGUUAUAUCUGAAGUCUAUGCCUUCCGGAUUGCAGUUGAGGGCCUAAGAAUCUCUAUGAACAAUGCUGGUCGGCUUCCCAGUAAUAAAAUAAGGAAUCCGAACUUAAAUAAGAUCGAUUUUUCUGAGCUUCCAGUUGAGGACAAGUCAUAUGCUCUCUUUGUUCAGGCCCUUCGCAGCCAGACUAAGAAGUUCAAGACUAUAGUGGCAGUAGUGGAUGCUAGUGGCUUGGCAGGUCUUAGAAAACACUGGAACACCCCUGUUCCUCUGGAGGGGCAGGGGCAACAGCAGUUUUAG